GGAAGAGAAGCGGAGAGCUGCUGGAGUAGGUUACCUCGGGUGUUUGGCUCCAGACAUGGACGGGAACUCAGAGAAAGUACCGAUCGCCUCAGCGGGUCCAGAAGACCUGCAACACUUCAUGCCUCCGGCGUACUCCGCCGUGUCGGUGAAGCCCGCCGCCACCAGCCGCCUGCUGAAGGCCGGUGUCGCGGUGCUGAUCGCCGGAGCGCUGCUGCUGCUGCUGGGCGCCGCCGGAGCGUUCUACUUCUGGAACAACAACGAAAAACACGUCUACAAUGUCCACUACAGCAUGAGCAUUAACGGCAAAGUCCAGGAGGGGGCGAUGGAGAUUGACACAGAGAACAACAUGGAGAGAUUCAGCACCGGCAGCGGGGCGGACAAGGCCCUCGAGGUCCACGACUUUGAGAUUGGCAUCACAGGGAUCCGAUUUUCAGGUGGAGAGAAGUGUUUCAUCAAGACCCAAGUGAAGGCUCGUCUGCCUGAUGUGGACACUCUGGACAAGGACUCGCUGACGACUGAGCUGCAGGAUGAGGUGAUGCCGGCCAAGUUCGAGGAGAACCUGAUCUGGGUGGCGGCUGGCGCGCCCAUCUCCGACUCUGCCUUCCUCAGCAGCAAGAUCAAGGACUUGUGCGAAGACCUGCCAAUCUUCUGGCUCCGGCCGACGUAUGCUACUGGCGGACAGAGGAAGACGAGGGCCGUCCAGCGUCGCCAGGCACCCGAGGAGGAGGAGGACGUGGAGGCAGAGUUCAACCCCGAGAACCCCUAUCAGAGAGGUCUGGAGGGCGAGCAGGGCACGAUGAACAUCGACCCCAUGCUGGACCACUCGGGCGUGUGCUGCCACGAGUGUCGCCGUGGCUACACCCACUGCCAGAGGAUCUGCGAGCCGCUGGGGGGGUACCAUCCCUGGCCGUACCACUACAGGGGCUGCAGAGUGGCCUGCAGGGUGAUCAUGCCCUGCAACUGGUGGGUGGCCCGAAUCCUUGGCAUCGUGUAGACGGCGGGAGGAAAAGAGGAAGUAGAAAGUUAGGUAGAAUGUGUUUUCUUCUUCUCCCCCGGGGGAAGCUGCUGGUCUGAGCGGAUUUGAGCGCCCGUGCGGAGAUAUAUGAUGAAUCUAGGGCAGACAUGACACGAGAACUCCCCCCCCCCCAACCCCCCUCCACGCUUCAAAAACACGCCAGUGAAGUGAAACACAGCGCUGCAGAACGUCAUUGAUUAAUCAGAGCUCGGUAUUACUCCUGUUUUCUUUCUUCAGUGUAAAUAAACACUCUCUCGCUCUCUCCCUCCUCUUCUCCAUGAGAAAUAUUUAUGACAAUGUACUGUAAACUUCCCCAACCUUUAAGUAUUUACCUGCAUUUCUGAGGCAAAUCUUACGAGUGCAAUAUUACUGAAUAAAGUUUUUUAGGGAAAUACUCAA